AUGAUGUGGCUUUCCAUCCCACUUUCCCAGUCGGUGGCUCCAGGCCCCGAGCCGCCCACAAAGCAGCCCAUGGGCCAAGCCCGGGCCCCGCCGCAGUACACGUAUGCGCGUAUUUCAGUAGCAGCAGGCGGCCCAGAACAGGUGGGCCGCUGCUAUAGGAUACCUGCAGCUUUGUACCGCUCUAGACACUCGUCCGACCUAUGGUCCCGGCAAAAGUCGACGGUGCAUCUCGAUGGCCGUGCCGGCCGGCCAUGGGACCAAGGGGCUCAGACCGCGGAGGAGGGAAGCUACUUAUAUACAGACAGGUCCGGUCGCAAGUCGUUCCACCCGCAGAGAAGGCUCACCACCAUCAUCGAGCCCAACUGA